UAUCGAACGUCAAACCAACUUUAUUCCAGAACAAAACCACCGGUUUAUUACUCGCGCUCUCUCGCUCGCCCCCGUCUCUGAGAAACCAUGGCGGUAAACUUAAGUAAAAUUGUCGUGAAGGUAAAACUGAGUGACGCGAGGAGGAAGUCCAACUGUGUGAAAGAGGUAGAGAAAAUGCAGGAGAAGAGAGAGAGGCGGCGACUGCAGCAGCAAGAGCUAAGGGAGAAGAGAGCGCAGGAGGUGGACAUGACAGGCCCCAACUAUGAAAUUAUGCAGAUGAUCAUAGAUUUUAGGGCAAGUAUGGAUUACAAACCACUAACCACAGCGGAUUUGAUUGAAGAGCACCGAAUAUGUGUUUGUGUGAGGAAGCGCCCUCUUAACAAAAAAGAACUCACUGCAAAGGAGCUGGAUGUGCUCACCAUCCCCAGUAAAGAUGUCGUCUUGGUCCAUGAGCCUAAGCAGAAAGUGGACCUCACCCGAUACCUAGAGAAUCAAACCUUUCGCUUUGAUUAUGCCUUUGACGACAGUACAUCAAAUGAAAUGGUUUACAGGUUUACAGCAAGACCUUUAGUGGAAACGAUCUUUGACAGAGGAAUGGCUACGUGCUUUGCGUACGGCCAAACCGGAAGUGGGAAAACGCACACCAUGGGUGGAGAUUUUUCUGGAAAGAACCAGGAUUGCUCAAAAGGAAUCUAUGCAUUAGCUGCUCGUGAUGUUUUCCUUAUGCUGAAGAAACCCAACUACAAGAAUUUGGAUCUUCAAGUCUAUGCAACCUUCUUUGAAAUUUACAGUGGAAAGGUGUUUGACUUGCUGAACCGUAAAACAAAGCUGCGUGUACUGGAGGAUGGGAAACAGCAGGUGCAAGUGGUUGGGCUGCAGGAGAAAGAGGUCAGAUGCACUGAAGAUGUCCUCAAGCUCAUUGAGGUCGGAAACAGCUGCAGAACUUCAGGACAGACUUCUGCCAACGCUCACUCGUCCCGAAGCCAUGCUGUCUUCCAGAUUAUUCUGCGCAGGAAGGGGAAGAUGCACGGCAAGUUUUCAUUGAUUGACCUGGCAGGGAACGAGCGUGGCGCUGAUACAUCCAGUGCUGACCGCCGGACACGGCUGGAGGGAGCAGAGAUCAACAAGAGCCUACUUGCACUGAAGGAGUGUAUUAGAGCCCUGGGGCGGAACAAACCGCACACGCCGUUCAGAGCCAGCAAACUUACGCACGUGCUCAGAGACUCGUUCAUCGGCGAGAACUCGAGGACGUGCAUGAUUGCCAACAUUUCUCCUGGAAUGGCUUCCUGUGAAAACACUCUGAACACACUACGAUAUGCCAACAGAGUGAAGGAGCUGACCGUGGACCUGAACACCAUGGCUGAAGGAGUGCGACCCAACAUGAAUGCCAUCACCCAGCUGGACAACAUGGAGGAGGAGUGGGAACUGAGUAGCUCCCCUCAGAGAGAUGACCUCAAGCUGCUCUGUGAACAGAAUGAAGAGGAAGUGUCUCCUCAGCUCUUCACCUUCCAUGAGGUGGUGUCCCAACUGGUGGAGAUGGAGGAGCAGGUACUGGAGGACCACCGAGCAGUGUUUCAGAAGUCAAUUAGAUGGCUGGAGGAUGAGAAGGUUCUGCUGGAGAUGACUGAGGAGGUGGAUUAUGAUGUAGACUCCUACUCUUCCCAGCUUGAGCACAUACUGGACCAGAAGAUCGACGUCCUGAUUGAGCUCAGAGAUAAAGUGAGAUCGUUCCGCUCAGCCCUGCAGAAAGAGGAACAAGCCAGUAAGCAGAUCAAUCCCAAGAGGCCUCGGGCUUUGUAGACUGGGACUAAGGGCACAAGCAUGAUGGCUAGAAAUUUGACAUCAGUUUCAGCAAAUACCAAAUAACCAUAAUGUGGAUCUGUACUAGACGACCUGCUAGUGUCCGGCAGAGUUACUCCGAAUUUGAAUGUCUCUUUCUUUGGCUCACGUGUGAAAUAUUCAAAACAUUAGACCAUUGCAUUGAUGUACUGCAUUGCUUUAAGUGGACUGCUGAUCUUCAAGUCAGGUCAGGCAGAAGUGGCAAUCACGCCCAUCUACUAAUGAAACAUCGCACACAAAAUUACACUGAAUUACAUUUUGAAGAUCAGCAUGUGCCUUAAGACAACUGUACAAGCACAGCCAUUCAGAUAAGCAAGUGGAAUUUGUAUUCUGGUUGAAAAAUUGGAGUGAAACUCUGCAGUAGAUUUGGGAAAUAGAUUUAUUUUCUUUGUAUUUUUUUUAUUUAUUUACUUUGUAAGUUUAGGUAAAUGGCCGUUAACUACACUGUCCAUUUUUAAAGGGUCUUUAACACCACCUUCUUUGUUUGAAGCAUGUGCUUUUAGUAACCUG